GUCCAUAUCCGUUGGCCGGGCCCUAGAGAUCGAUUACCAGAAAAAUCUUACAGACGGCAGCCGCGCCUUACAGUGCCUUCUGGAGGGCAUGGGUGGUUUCCAAUACAUCCGCGAGCAUGGCCCCCCGGACAACUCCACUGGCCAGUUCACAACGUGGACGGAAGAGGAGGUAAACAACCCCAACGGCAUGCUUUAUCGGUGGGACAGGGGCACGAUCAAGGAGAUAGCUCGGAUGACAAGCAACCAUCUGGACUAUUUCCGCAAAGUGCGUGGGCGUCGCACCAAGCCCAGAGUCUUCGAUGACGGGAACCUGAUCUUGGAGCAACCUGCAUCCGUGAAGGCUGUCGCUGAGGUCUCUGGGAUUGAUCGUAAGACGAUGGCUCGGUACAGCGCUUCUUCCUACGAGAAGAACCAAUUCUGCCAAGCAUGCUCCAAUCCUUACGACCGCAGGGAAGAACCGCCCAUGGCCGCGAAUGUAAGUCUGAUCGAUGUGUUUAAGCGCCCAGCGGUUGUCGUCUUGACUGACUACGGGAUGGUGUGCUUGUUUGCCAGGCUGCUCUGGACGGUGAAGUUGUACCCUUUUGCAACACCGUCCCUAGGGCUUGCUCUGGGCAUCGUGGUGCUUUUGGCCGGCGUAUUGUUUGCGCACAUCCUGAUCAUGCCUGGGGCGAUUUUUGGGCUGCUGUGGGAGAUGCCUGGCAUAGGUGACAUCCUUUCGCACGCGGUCAAAUACCAAAUCUUCCAUUGGCGAAAGUGGUUUGAACAUGGCCGCGAAUCAGGUGGCUCAUGGUCUGACUUUGUCCUGCUCAUUGCAGACAUUGAGGUGGACGAAGGAUUUGUGCAAAGCAUGCUGAACAUGGGCAUGGACGAUGGCCAUUUAUUCAUCAAGUUUUAUUGUUCUGAGACUCCGCAAGAUGUGUCAGCCACAAGAAGUCAGGCGGUGCAGUGGGAAGGUGCUGAUGACGGCUUGGUGCAGAAGUUCGAUGGCGAAGAUAUCUUUGUCAACUUCACGAACCCCCUUGCACUCCUGCGUGUAGAUGUCAUGUUCCAGGAGGAGACAGCCAAUCGGCCAGAGUGUGUGGCAACCACGAUAUGGGAUCCCUGGUGCUGUGGCAACUUUACGAAGCAGACGUCUGCUGAUGGUGCACUCGCUCGACAAAUUUUUCUGCACGUUUGA